UUCAGCUGGUCACCAUUUAUCUGUCAAAGAAAAACAUUAACAAGCCACUUAUUGCAUUUUCUGCCUGUAGAAACUGGCCUUAUGUGUUCAACUUAUACUUCGCCUGCUCACUCCUCAGUCCUUGAUCUGAAUAUAACCCGUGUGGAGUGUUAUCCAGAAAAAGUAUUUGUGUGUUUUUGGGGUUGGUACAACAGCAUAUGUGAAUUGGACUAUCAUAUAUUGCAUAAUGAAGUACAGAAUGCAGCAAAGACUAGCACCAACAUUGCAGUUGAUGAGUUGUGUUUUGCAGAGGACCUUUACAAUGGCGGAUGGCACCGAGGAAGGGUAAUAAGAAAGGAUGAAGAAUCAUAUGAAGUAUUUCUCAUAGAUAUUGGGAUGAUGUUGACAGUUGAUUCUCGACAUAUUGCUGCUGCUUCUAAGAAUUUGUUUCAGUUGCCUCCGAAAGUGGUGUGUGGCUUAUUUGCCAAUAUAGUGCCAGUGAAAGGGAGAUGGUCCCCAACAGCAGUCAAAUAUUUUUCAUCACUGACAAAUUCUCGAAUCACAGGCAGUGUUGAAAAUCUCUUGAAGAACCAAAUUAUUUUGGUGGAAGCCCCAGAUAUUAAUAAAAACCUCUUUGAACUUGGUUUAGCAAAAAUUCUUGAUGGCAGUACUUUCAAUUUUCUAAUGGAACUUUCUAAAGAUUCACUAGGAUUACCUGGUUAUGAGAAUAUGGAACCUCUGUACAUGCAGAAAAGCUGCAGGAAGCCUGUGUUUGAUGAAACUAUUGUAUUAUCUCCAAGUUUCCAACGAAUCCUGGAUGUUUUGAGUCUAAGUUUGCAAACUGGUGUUACAGAGGCAGUAAAAAUAACGUGUGCUUCAGGGCUUCAUCACUUUUACUGCCAGUUGAAAAGGCUGGCUCCAGAGCUAGAAACAAUGACCAGAGACUUGCAAUGCUACUAUGAAACAGAAGGAAAAGAAUUAAAUGAUGGACCUGUUGACAAUUUUGGUGCAGUUUGUGCUGUAAAAGGCAAAGAUGGAAGAUGGUACAGGGGAGUUGUAAAGCAACUCUUAACCUCUGGCCAGGUAGAAGUUUGGUUCAUGGAUUAUGGAAGAACUGAAAUUGUUUUUCCAAAUUAUAUUAAAAAAUUGAUGUCAGCUUUUUUUAUGAUGCCUCUGAUGUCAUUUCCUUGUGCAUUAAAUGGCUUAUCAAAGCAAACAAAACCAUGGAUAAGUUUGCAGACUGACAUUUUCAAGGAAUCACUGUUUGAGGAAAUGUUAACUAUUUGCAUCGAUACCUAUUCUCCUAAAGAGCAUUUAUACUAUGUUACACUAUACAAGCAGAAAAACAUUAGUAUCCAUCAAGUGAAUGGAAUAAUGUCAGAAGUAAAUCCAAAGAUUGAGUGUAGCCCAAAGAAGAAGGAAACUAGGGAUAGUAAUGGACAAAUUAGAAAACUUCGAGAAACUAAGGGGAUAGGAACUGGGAAGGAGACAUGUAAGCCAAUGCAACAUUCUGUAAGCUCUGAUGAGAUGAAAAUAAAUGCUUCCUAUGUUGGAUUUGUGGAGUAUGUAAUCAACCCAUCUGACUUUUGGAUUCGAACAUCAGAAUACAAUGAUGAAUUUGAAUGCUUAAUGGUCAAUAUUCGAAACCACUAUAGCAAGAUUGGCAUAAAUGAGGAGCUAAUUCAGAAACCAGUAACUGGUUUGUUUUGUUGUGCUCGGUAUAGCAAAGACCUACAUUUUUACAGAGCAGUUAUUACAGAUGUACUUGAUGACCAACUCAGAGUGUUUUUUGUUGACUUUGGAAAUGCUGAAGUUGUAGAUUUUGAUGCUGUGAAAUCCCUGCCUCCUGAGUACAUGAAUCUGCCUCCUUUGGCAAUGAAUUGUUCUAUUGCUCAUAUUUUUCCUAUCGAGGAAGUGUGGACUAAAGAUGCAACUAACUUCUUUAAGAAAGCUGUAUUCAACAAGAAACUUUUUAUAAAUGUAGUUUCAAGGCAGGGCAGCAGAUAUGUCGUAGAUAUUAAAGAUAUGGAGUGCAGUGAGCAGUUGUCUAUUAGCACAAUGAUGCUUGAAGCUGGUUAUGCUGAUUUUUGGAAUGUAAAGCCAAAUUUUGUGUUGUUUGAACAGAACUGUCAGUGGAAAUUUCCAAAAUCCAGAACAGGCAAAUCACCUGCAAGUGAGAAAAGGAUAUAUACAGAUAAAAACUCCAAGUUGAAAAGUUCAUGCAGUAUUCCACUUUCAAAUACCUCAGUGGCCACUACUUUAUCUCCAGCUAUUGCAAUGCAUAAUAGCUUUCCGCGUGUACACCUUCACCUGCCAGCAUGGAGUAAAGAGUCCAAAAUAGCGUCACCGUAUAGACAACAAGUAUUUAAACUUGGAUCUGUUCUUGAUGUGAGAGUGACUCAUGUAAAUUCUCCAGCAGAAUUUUGGUGUCAACUGCAGAAUAACUCAAAUCAGCUUGAAUUGCUUAUGAGGAACAUGCAGCAUUACUACAGUAUUCCAAGGGACCCUUUUCAAUUUGAGCACACUGGUUGUGUUGCAAAGUGCACCAAAGAUGGUCAGUGGUAUAGAGCAUCAGUUAUUCAAGGAAACUUUACAAAAGAGGAGGUUACCGUAUUGUUUGUUGAUAAUGGUACCCAGCAAAAAAUAGCUAUCAAAAAUCUUUGUGCUAUUAAUCCAGAAUUUCUUCAUCUAGAAGGACAGGCAUUUAGGUGCACUCUCAAGAACAUUAUUCAACCUGUAAGCCAUGGUCCUUUUGUUUUGGAUCAUGCUUCUUGUAACAAAUUUAAACAAUUCAUUGGCAAUUGUUUAAUUUCUGGUGAGAGUCUUAAAUGCACAAUAUUGGCAAUGGCUCUGAUGAAUGGAAAGGGUCUGUGUAAUGUGGUAGACCUUCAUACACCACUUAUUAAUGUAUGCCAGUUACUUUUGGAGGGUCGACUACCUACUUGCAUUAAAUCACCAUCUUUGUUUAGUCCCUCAGUUCAAUUAUACACACCUUAUUACAGUGCCCAUGAUAUAAAAGUUGGAAGUGAAGAGAAGGUGUAUGUAACCUAUGUGUCGAGUCUGUCAAAAUUCUAUUGCCAAUUGGACAAAAAUACUGUACUUAUAGAUACACUUAAGACUGAGGUGGAUAUUGUUAUUAAACAAAUGCAAGGACAAAAAUUAGACUUGGAUAGGACCAGUAUAUGCUUAGCUAAAUAUUUUGAAGAUGGUCAGUGGUAUCGUGCUAUAGCCCGUACUGUCCAGUCACCUGAACAUUUUCAAGUGUUUUUCAUAGAUUAUGGCAACACUGAGAUAGUUGACAAAAAUGACGUUGUUCCAAUUCCCGAAGAUGCAAGGAAUUUGAUUUUUAUACCAAUGCAAGCAGUUAAAUGCUGUUUGUCCCUUUGUAUUCAGGAACUGUCUGAUGAAACUGUUGUCUUGUUUAAACAAACUGUAUUUGGAAAACCGCUAACAGCAUUUGUGGUAGCAAAAAAGUCUGAUGGUCAAUUAAUUCUUGAGCUUUAUGAUGGAAGUUUAAACAUUAGUGCACAAAUAACAGGCCAAUGCAUACCGUGUCAGUAUGGAAGAGGGAUAAUGUGCCUUGAUGAAACAAAAUGGCAAAGUGGCAAUUCUUUUCAACCAGCCAAAGUAGUUCCUUCUGCAGAACAACUGAUGAAGAGGCAACCUGAUUACUUAGUGCACUUAAUUAAUGAAACAAACAGACUGAUCCUUUCCUUUUUGAAGGCAGAACUACACUAUGUUGGAUGUAAAAAUAAAGUCCAGAACUGCAGCCUUGGAAAGGAAAAUGUGCAAUGUAUGGUUGGAAGACGUUUCAAGAAUAAAAAGAAUUGCCAAAAUGAAAUUAUCCCUAAGUUUGCUGCACAGCGUGCAAAAAGGAAAAUACCAUGCAAGAUGAAGAAUUUGGGUGAAACAGACCAUGCACCCAAGGCUACAUUCCAUCAAGGGAAGAUUAAGAUGGCAGCUCAUCAUGUGAUUACCUCUAAGAAAACAUUGCCAUUGACAAAACGUUGUCAUCUUGUACAAAACAGUCCUGCAGCUCAAAAUGAGAUGAUUUUUUUGCAGUGGCCUAAACUACAAAAGGAUAGCAUCAUCAAACAUGUCAUUGUGUAUCAACAGAAUGCCAUUGUAAAAGUUAAGCAUCCGUUAACUGAAUAUAUAACAACCCCUGUGAUUCUGUUAACUGGCCAGGAAGUUAUUAAAUUGCUAAGAAAAUUGGAUUCUAGAUUUGUAGAGGUUGAGAUUAACCAAGGUACUGUUACUCAAAACAUUUCAGUAAAAGAAAUUGUUGACAAAAAUGAUUUAAUUCGUGUUUCAGAAUAUUUUUCAUCUAGUUUUGAUGGAUGGGUAAAAAAAGUUAGUUUUGCAGAAAUAGAGAACAGGAUGGCAAACAAACAAUGUUUGAUGUCACCAGAAACUUUGCUUCCUGUUGAUAAGAGUGCACUAAGCUCACCGUUGAACCCAAUUUUGUGUGGCUGUAUCCAGGCUAGAAUAGAAUAUACUGGCUUUGCUACUUCUGUGAUUGACCCUUCAGAAUUCUACAUUCAGCUUGAAGAUACAUUAGAAAUAAUGGAAACUCUCUCAUCACUGUUGGCUCAAUUGUCAGAGAAUUAUCAGGCUUUACCUCGAGAUAUAUUGAAGCCUGGUGUAACUUGCUUAAUCAAGUCUGCCACAGAUGAGCAGUGGUCUCGGGUAGAAAUAUAUGAAGUCUCUCAGCAGUUUGUUAUUGUUAGAGCUGUUGAUUAUGGACAUUAUAUUUUUGUACCAUCUUCAGAUUUGAGCAGACUGAGGGAACUUCCUAUAGAGCUUGUAGAAGUACCACGCUUGACUAAUCCCUGCAGUCUAAGUAAUGUUGUGCCUUCAGUUGGGCAUAACUGGACAGAUGAAGCUAUAAUUUUCUUUCAAAACUCCUUAAACGAGCAAACUUUGACCAUACUUUUUAAACAGUGUAUAUCUGUGUUACUUUGGGAAGUAGAUCUUGUCAUAAACAACAAAAAUGUUGCAGAAGAUUUGGUUUCUGCAGGACAUGCAGUUUUUCUGAAAGGAAUUGAGAAAUCCUCAAUUAAAGACUCUGCAGAACUAACAGAGGACAUUCAAGUAUUGACUGAACCUGUUUUAGAGCAACAAUUUGAGAAAAAUGAGCUUUCGGAUGUUUUACUUAAUGAAGAUACCAUUGAGAAAUUUGAAUCCACUUAUUCAAAAGGAUUUUUAGGCAUGAAUGCAACUUUCUAAAGCUACCUUCCUGAAAACAAAACUUUCAAGACUGGCCUUUGUAGCAACGUUAUUUGCUUCACUGAUGUGUCUUGUAUUGAAUCAUGCUCAAAAUUGUUUAAGCGUAUGGAAGACUUCAAUGAACAGUGAAAAAUUUAAAUGGCAUGACACCAACUAUUUCAACAUUCUAUAUCUUUUGAAGAAGUGCACAAGUUGUGAUUAAUCUUGUGCAGAUUAAUUGCACAAGAUUUAAAAUGAGUUUCAAUGGUCCAUACAGGUUAGUGGAGACUAAGAAUCUAUCACUAGUAUGACUGGAUAUGAAACUCGAACUUUCUGUUUGUGAACUGCUUGAAUUGCAGCUUGAUUUUGUUAAGAUUUCUUUAUUUGCAAUUUAUUUAUUGAAUCUUGAAAGGACAUUACUCUUAAUAUUCAAAGUGAUUUGCAAUUUUUGUAAAAGUGCAAGAUUAAUAUUCAGAUUUGAUUUAAUAUGUUUGAUAAAUAUAUCCAAAAUAUCUUGAGAUUCUUAUGCAAUGUUUAAAAUGGAACACAAGUUCUUCAGUUUAGCUUGUUGAAAUAAAAGUUGUCUUUGUGUUGUACUUUAAAGACAUUGCCAUUUAGUAGUUAUUAUAUUUGAAAACAAGGAUGGAGUGUGCUUGUUGGGAACUGAUGAUAUGGUUUGGAGCACAAGUAAAGCAUAAAUGAAGCCAGAUUGAAAUGCUUAAUUCAUGAAAUAAACUAAACUAAAAAUGGUGACUUUUGUCUCUAAUACAUU